AAAUUGUGCAACCCAUUGUCUUGUAUGUAAACACAUGGGUUAUAUGAGUUGAUACAAACUUGCGCUGAAACAGCACUCUCUAAGGAGUGUCACAUAUUUUCAAAUCGACCGUAAGUAAUUUCAAACAACGUAAAGUGAACUCCAACAACAUCUAAGUUCACGAUGGGGAAUCUACUUCCAUUGGACGCGGCGAAAAAGGAGCAAUGCGAAGAAAUCGCCAAGGAAUAUUUAGCGACAUUCAACGUGGAGUAUGUGUUGGCAUACGGAGUUGAAUUUACGAAGAUGAAAAUAAAACAAAUCGAGAAUGAGGUUUUUGGAGAUGUUGAAACGAAGAAGAAGCUGAUCUACAGAAAGGAUUUUAAACGCACGGAGCCUCACAAGGUGGGGCCACUCACAAAACAAGGAGCGAUUAUCAAAAACUGGAAGCACAGACACUUUGUCGUAAAUCCAGAUUAUUCAGUUUCUUACUACGAAACUGAAGAGGCAUACGAGAAAUCUCUAAAGCCAAAAGGAGUGAUAUAUUUAGCUGGUUACAAAGUGAAGGAAAGCGCCGAUAAUGCCGUGAUUGAGCAGCUCAAGGCUUUGGCAAAGAAACUAGGAAUAGACGAAGAAAGUUUGCCGCUACCGGAGAAGUUUCCCCCCCAUACUCUGGCGCUGUCGCACGAGAGAAGACGUGAGUACUACAUCACCGCUGCUGAUGAAGACGAGAAAAAGGAAUGGAUCGAAAUGUUCAAGACUUGCUGUCGAAAAGCGAAAGGUUUAAAGAGUGAAGACCCCGUUGCUCGCGAGGCAUUUAAGACUGCAUAUCGCAGAGCUUGUUAUGAAUCAGGAUGGUUGAACAGGAAAGAUCCUUCUGGUGGGACUGAAGAACAGAUUUUAACCGAGACGCUCGUUGAAAUUAUAAAUUCCCGUGUUUUAUCAAGUGUUUACAGCGACCUCACCGGAAACUUUACCAUUAAAAAGAAAAUUCAAAAACAGGUCGAAAAAACAUUGGAUUCAAUGGUGCUGGCGUUGGUCAAGCCAGCUUACAAAGCUUUGGUUGAAACUACGGAGAAAAUGAAGGCGCCUGUGGAGAAAACCUUUAAUGAAAAGAAAGAUGAAAUUGUGAAAGUUCAGAAGAAGAUUACAGCGCAGAUAUCAGACAAAGCUGAGUUAAUCGUUGACAAGAUUUUUCAGGAUUUAAAAGAAGAUAUCGCGAAACUGUAUGAAGAUCUCAGGGAACUGACGGUCAGAACUUCGAAGGAAAUGCGAGAUGAAUGCGUAGUUCGACUUAUGGAACGAUUAGUGAAAGACACGAAAGAGAGCGAAGAUGUCGAGUAUGUUAUGAAAAAGUACUACCGAACAUUCGACAACAUUAUUUACGGCACAUGCGCAUGGGAUCAUUGGUAUAAAGUAUAUAAUAUGGAGAAGGAAGCAAUUGGUAUCGUGGAUAAGUAUGAAGGAACUUUUGAUCGCGGAGGAAGCUAUAGAUUCGUGUACGAUGCACAUGACAUGCUUGCUUUGGUCGCUGACGCGGCGUUUUUCACAUUUCAACAAACGAUGAAGGAACGAACCAAGGACAACGAUACUCUAAAGGAUAACAAAAAGACUGCAGAGAUGAUGGAGAAAAUUAAAGAUGAAGUCAUACCGAAAUACGAUCACGACUCGAAAAGUACUCCAGAAGACGUUAGCUUUGCGCUUACGACAGCACAUGUCCUAGAAUUCGUGUCGAGCAAAAUCGAUCCGCUUACCAAAGAGAUCCGUAAAGUGGUCGCAAACGCCAUCCCAGAACCUCUGAAACAAAUUAUCAGCAUUGAAGAUCAAUACGACCUUUAUGUUGAAGAACUUGUCAAGGAAUUGAUCAGACGAGCAAUUGGAAUCCCAAAACCAGAGAUGAACGGAAAAAAUGAAGCGAAAACCGAAGAGACGAAGAUUGAAAUGAAUGGCAAGAAGGAUGACGAACAAAUGAAAGAUUCCGAGGAAGCAAAAGAAAACGAAACUGAGGAUAAGAAAGUGGAAGAGAAUGACCAAAAAGGAGGGGAAACAGGGAAGAAUGAAGUACGCGAAAAUGGAAACACAGAUGGAGAGAUUAGCGAGGAAAAGAAGGAAGUUGAGGCAGAGGGAAAAGAAAAUGGAAAGAACGAAGAGGAAAAGCAAGAGGAGAAAAAGGAAGAUGGGCAAAAGGAAAGUGGAAGUGGGGAAAAUAAAGAAAACGGUGACACAGUAAAGGAAAGUGGAAGUGAAGAGAGUAAAGAAAACGAUGACACAGCAAAGGAAAUUGGAAAUGAGGAAAAUAAAGAAAACGGUGACACAGCAAAGGAAAUUGGAAGUGAGGAAAAUAAAGAAAACGGUGACAUAGUAGCGGAAAUUGAAAGUAAAGAACAAAAGGAACUUUGUAAUGGAGACACGAAUGACGUGAACGAGCUGGAAGGAAACACAUCUGAUGAUACCGCGAUGUAGUUUGUUGCUAUAUAAAACAUUUUAUAUAUUGUUCUAUUCUUAAAAACACUCACAUAGGAACAUAACUGAUGUAAUUCCAAGAUUGAUAUCUUGUUCGAUGCCCAUUAUCAGAUAUAAUAUACGCUUUAUUUCCUCAUAACUAAUCCAAUCUGUGGGCAGAUGAUCCACUAAUCCGUGGUGAUCAUGUGCCAGGUAUAAUUACUUACGUGUGCCAUUAUCGUUAUCAUCAGCGAGAACAAUGACAUUAAAAGAACAUCGACGACACAGAAAGACCAAGUCGUUAAACAAACAACAGAUAAUAUCGGGUUAUUUUCUAGGAAUUCAUGCGAUUAUAUACAACAUUAGUUCAUUAUAUUUAGAAAGUUUUGUCACAACAGAGCAGACAAAUCAUACAUUAAAAAAUAAUUUAAGGCAAA